CGUAGAAAUUUGUCAACGUGUAUGUAGAGAUUUAAAGUCAAUGACUUUUUAUUCAAAUAUAGAUAUUUAUAGAAAUUGCAUGUAACUAGAAAUAAAUAUUUAAAAAAGUAGUCAACGCUGGCUUAAAUUGGUGUUUAGUGGAAAUUAGUGCGGUAAUAAUUACCAAUAACAAUUGAUAGAUUGUUUGACUUGGAAGAAGUUAAAGAUAGAAAAGCUAAUAGAAGAUCAGUCCUUGCCAAGUAUGAAAAACAUGAAUCAUUUCAUUGUUAUUGCGAUAUUUAUUGUACAACCCAUGUUGUCAAUAGCUGCGAGUCCAGAUCUGAAUACUCAACAAGUGUUCAAUAGCUCUGAGCUGCCCUCAGAUGUUGAAAUAUUCUUCAACUACACAUUUAAAAUGAUGGUGCAAAAGUAUUCAUAUGGUUAUUUAACAAAGUGUCAUUCCAACGAGAGUAUGCAUUAUGAUUACUUUUUACAGUAUUAUAGUGAUGUGUGUCCGAAGGAACAUUACUAUUGCUUGGACAAACCAAACGACAACACCAUUCACAUAUGUGGGAAAGCUGACAAGUGCGAUAAACGAAAAAGAAACAUAGUUGUGAUUAUCACAAACGAUUUGAAUCAUGUUCAUGUCUAUAGCAUUUCAUGUCCGCCCGGAUAUGCCCAAGUGAAUGAGGUCAAUUGUUUUAGCCCUUGUGUCAAGGACGACUCUAUUAUUGUUCGGGCGACAGCAGAGACAGGCGGAAAACGAGCUGAGGCACGCUGUCACGCCGAAAAAGGUUAUUGCAAUGCAAAUCGAAAAACGUAUUUUGAGAUCGGGUCAAGUGAAGACGAGUGCGUUGUUGCAGAUGAAGACCUUAGAAUACGUUGUGAAAUGGGUGAAGUGUUAAUGAUAGACUGUUCCUGCAUUAAGAAUUAUGAAUCUACAAAAGAAAAUGAUUCGAAUGACUCACUACAGUGCAAGCCGAAAGAGGAAAAUGUUGUCACGAUUACUAACCAUACAUUAUCAGCCACGAAUACUAGAAUCAAAAAUUAUACAGAAAAUACACCUACAAAUGAUUCUUCCGUAUCAGCAAACGAGGAGAAUUCUGUAGCAAUUAGAAUCAACUAUAAAAAAACAGUUUUUGCCGUUAUUGCCGUUCUAGCCAUUGUACGCUAUCUCAAGGUAAAGAUGGGAAAGGAAGGUUCUCCUCGACAAGACCCUGAAGCACAAGGUAUUCUAAAUAGCGACAGCCCUUCAAGAAAUAUGAACAGAGUUCUUCCGGAGGGUACUGAUCACAUGAGCAACACUUAUUCAACUAACGAGCAAACCCUUGAUGAUCCCCAGAUGGAGUUAUUAAAAUCACAUGAUGAACUGUCGAGGGACAGUGGAGUUCAAACGUGUGAUGAAACGGCUGUUAAGUCAAUAUACUGACAGACAGAAAAGACCGUCUUCUGCCAAAAUACAGCGUUCGCCACCAACGUUACAUGCACACAAAUGCCGCCGAUUUGAUUGGUAUUGUUUCCCAAGAUUCACGCAGACGUGCUUCGAAAGAAUUGCCUCCCUUUUCAAUAAGUUGAUUCAUUAUUGAACAUAUCCUGUUUAAAUUGUUUGUUUUCAUUUCAUGAAAGCGUUCCAUCUUAUAACAUGUAGUAAUCAUCUUUUAUGAUAAGCAAUAUGUAAAUAAAAAACAAAGCUUGACUUAGUAGAUGAAGGCAUUGCAACAUAUCAUACAUGUUAACUGGGGAAGUUCGAAUCGUGUGAGGAAAAAAAAAUUUUUUUGAUGAAUCGUUUUCCUAAUCUUACAAGUAUUUUGCCUACUUUUUUAGAUAUAUAUUUAACAUGAAAUUUGUCAGUACCGUUUAUUUUAAAUGGCAGUAUGCUUAUUUUGUGCUUCAAUUGCAGCUGAUUAUGCUUCUAUAUUUCAAAAGGUUGUCUAUUCUAACGGUGAUUAUAGGUAGUAAUAUUGAAUGAAGUGUAAUAAGACAAUUUAAAGACAAUUCAAAACAACAUUUAAACAAGUCUGUGUUCAGAAAUAUUGAAAUCUUUAUUUGAAAAGAUGGCGUGCAUGUUAGACAUAUUAAGACUUCCAUUCGGCAUGUUAACACCGGAUUUGCACAUGAUAACAUGACGUUAUGAAAUAAUAAGACAGUGUUUAGACAUGUCAGCACUACGUUUUGACAAGAUAAAAUGAAUAUUUUACUUAAUAAGACUACGUUAAGACUAGUUAUCAUACAACGUUGGCAAGCCAACACUUCUGUUAUACAUACAUGUACUAAGACGCUUUUAGGGAAAAAUAAAACGAAAUGUAACAACAUGAGGCAGCUAUGGCGUUCCAUAUAAGACUGUCUCACUUUCUAUUCUACCGAUAAAUUUUCGAGAAAAAAAAGUCUAUAUGGAAAAUUCCUUGAGUCACAUGGGUAACCGAACAUCCAUACUAUAUGUAAACUGUAAAAGUAUUUAAAUAUAUACAUGUUCAAUCAACAUUUAUACUUAAAUCGGCUUAAUGUCAUUUAAAAUAUGUUUACUAUUAAUAACUCGUGUUUUAUAGAAUAAUUACAUGCUAUUGCAUUUAGAUUUUGCCCAGGUUUGAAAUCAUAAAUAAAGUUAAAGGCUUCGAAAAGCUUGUACAAUG